GAACUUGGCCUCUGGAAAUGUUCUAGCUCCUCAGGGGCGAAGUCCCUUUCGAACGAGUUAUGACAGAUUUCGUUGGACCUUUAUCUCGAAAUGGAAAGCAUGCCGUCUGAUCAAACCCUAUCAGGACGCCAUCCCACGUUGCAGGACCAUGGGGGAUGCCGGGAUGGUGGUGCGCAUGGACCAUCUCGGGCUCCCAAUCGAGUUGGAGGACGGACCGAAUAUCGAUUAGCGAUCCUCCACGAUGUCACCUACUUUGCCCCAUUGAUGGGAGAGGCGCUGGCAGAUUGGUCGGUUGACAAAUUUCCGGAGGCUGUCCUGUACCCAAGUUGUGGAGCGGAGAUGAAGAGACGACGGACUCGCGCGAUAGGGUACAUUCGGAUCUACAACGUUGUAUGUGUGAGAUGGGGAUGCCGAAACAGAAUACAGCAAGUACCUCAAUGUCAGUCCGUGAAGGAUGGUCCAAUAUUGUACCCAGAGAGAAUAGGAUUCUGAUGUACAAUAUUUAGUGCCAUUGAGGCAUUUAAGCCGUUGCCAUGGUCAAUUUGGCUUGAAAGGCGUAUUGAUCGAGAGGAAGGCCAGCACGGGUGGUCGAUGAAUGAUGAACUUGAGAUUGCGGAUUGUGGUAGGGUAUGAUGUAUCUGUCUGAUAGAGGAUUCUCGUAGAAGACAGUGGUUCAGUCCUAGUCCAAACUGGACUGCUACUGUGGCAGUCUUCGCCGGUUUUCAUGGUAGUAAACGUAGUGAUGGUGUUCGUUAAUGUUGCUGCGAUCUAGUAGAGCAAGUCAGGUAUAAAAUAGGUGGGGAAAGGGAGCAGUCAAUGUUAAGUGUGGCCACAGAGAG